UUUUUGCUUUAGUCUCAAGUCACACAAGAAACACAAACACCAUGGGUAACAAUAAGCCAUUGUCAUUCAUCUCUUUGAUCCUUCUCGUGUCAGCUGUUGCAAUAUCAGCUGGAGAUGAAGUGGAGCCCGUCAAGGACACAAAUGGAAACCCACUUAAGAGUCAGACCCAGUACUUCAUCCAACCAGGUUCAAACAAGAAAGGAGGUGGUCUUGUCCCAGCAAGCACUGACUUUACUCGCUUGUGUCCAUUAGGUAUUUCCCAAACACUCCUUCCAUAUCAGCCAGGCCUUCCUGUAAAUUUCUCCAAUCCAUCUUCCCAAAAUGGUGAUGUAUUGACAACAAACACCGAUCUAGUUAUCGAGUUCCAGUCUUCGAUAUGGCUUUGCCCUUCUUCAAAGAUAUGGAAGGUCGAUACCUCCUCAAGUUCUGACAAGAACUAUGUAACCACUGGUGGUAGCUCCAGCACGAGGGAGAGCUUUUUCAGGAUUCAGAAAUAUGGAAAAGAUGAAAACACUUACAAGCUAGUUCACUACGAGAGUGACUCCGCUAUAAAAGGUAUUGGUGCGACCACCGGUUUAUUCGGAGCACCUUAUCUUGUUCUUGAAGAUGAUAAUAAUGAUAAAAAUGUUUUCCCUGUUAAGUUCCGUGAGGUUGACACGUCCACAGAGAAUGUGUUUGCGAAGGGUCUUAGGAUGUUCCCUUCAUUCUGAGUUAUACUUCGAUGUUGUUUAAUAAGUUGAAUUAUGUAAAAUAAUGGGUUGAAACAAUACCACUAAACCAUCUUUUGGUUUGAUGUAAUAAAAAGUUAAGGUCUUUGCUUUUGGUUUUAA